AUCAUGUAAAACUCAAGCAUGCACCUAAAGCGGCCCUCGUGCAGCAAUCAACUCCUAGGACAUUCUGUGCCUGUAGCCUUGCUUCCACAAUCCUGUGCCUGCGUCAUCUCUCCGUGGUAAUUCGUCUUUUGCCUAUCCUAACACAUUAUGUACGAACGUCUUUAGUGAUCGGACAUACUUGCUGAAUUCUUGUUCACUGGCCGAAGUCGACGACCUCGUUACAGAGAGUGCGCUGCGGCCCCUGGUCGUGGGAUCGCGGGGGGCCGAUGGAGAUCGUUCGCACCGUGGAUCGCGCGGGGACGAACGAGCUUAAGAACCGCGUGGCGGAGUCGCUUAAGAUUAUCACCAAGGCGCUCGCCGUUUACGGGCUGCGGGAAGUCGCCUUCAGCUUCAAUGGCGGGAAGGAUUCGACGGUAAUCCUGCACCUGCUGCGCGCGGCGCUUGUGGCGGCGCGCGCCAAGGGCGUGGACCUGCGGGACUCGACGUGCGCGGACGAGGCGGGCGAGGGGGACUGCGACGACGGCGCGGACCUCCCCGGGUGGCUCGUGGAGGGGCUGGCGGGCAGCAUGGACCACCGCGGAUGCCCCUCCGAGGGGUGCGAGCACGGCUGCCGCGGGGGAGGCGGGGGAGAAGGCGCGGGCGGAAAAGUUGGAACCGGCGGGGGGGAAGGGGGAGGCGGGGAGGCGGAAGGCGGAGGGGGGGGAGGGGAAUGGGCGGGGGCCGUAGAGAAGAAUGGCGUGGCGGAGGAUAGCGGCGGCGGGGAGAAGGCGAGUUCGGAUGAGAUGGCGGGGCUGUGCGCGAUCUACUUCCGGGACAAGGACGCGUUUCCGUCCAUGGACGCUUUCACCAUCGAGAUGUCGCAGCGGUACGGGCUGGACCUGAUAGUGACGGACGAGGACUUCAAGGGGGGCCUCACGGCGCUCAAGAAGCAGCGCCCCGUGCAAGCCAUCUUCCUCGGCAUCCGCUCCAUCGACCCCAACGGGAAGAACCAGGCAGUCUUCUCCCACAGCUCGCCUGGCUGGCCGGAUUUUGUGCGGGUCAACGUCAUUCUGCACUGGUCUUACAGGGAUGUGUGGGAGUUCCUCCUUGUCACGAAGGUGCCCUACUGCCAUCUCUACGACGAAGGCUUCACAUCACUCGGCAGUGUCCACGACACGGAGCCCAAUCGCGCUCUCCUCCUCCCGAACCUCCGCCACUGCCUCAAGACUGGCCGGACCUGCGUGUCCGUGCCUCCAGUCGACCCGUCCUGGCCGCCGCCCUCCCCCUCGGCGCUCUGGUCCUUCUCCACCCCCUACUUCCGCAGCUCUAGCUGUCGAAUGACCCCCGACCCCCAUGCCUCCCUCUGCGUUGCUCAAAUGCUGCUUCCGAAUCGCACCGCCCCCUUCGGCCGCGGCCCGCCGCCCUGCCCCGUGCAUCCGAUCUGCCACCUGGCGCGAGUGGCGUCGGACAACGGCGUGGAUGUGCAUGCGCUGCUGGAGGGAGGAGCAGAGGAAGGGUCGGUUUUGGAGGACGAAGGGGUGGGGGUUGCCGCUGCUGCUGCGGCGGCGGCCAUGGCGGGGGGAGGGAGGAGGGAGGGGGUGAAGCCUGCAGAAAAUAGGUUUCUGCCGGCUUAUUUUUUGCUGGACGAAAGGUUGGAGCGGGCAGGGAGGAAGAAGAAGAAAAAGGAUGCGCCCGUGCCUGAGGAGAGUGAGGCGAGGGUAGAGGAGGAGCAGGAGGAAGAGGAGCCAGCGCAGUAUGAGCCGGUGGACGGGGACAAGGUGGAGGAUGGGCUGGGGGUGAUUCACGAGGGGUGGCAGGAGGGGGAUGCGGGGAGAGAGGGGUGGGGUGAGGGGCAGGAUGGGGAGGAUUCGCUAGGAGCAGGUGCUCUGAAUGGGGUGGCAGUGAAUGGGAGUGAGAGGGAGGGCGGAGGGCAAGGGUUGUUGCAAAAGGGAGUGGUGAAUUUACCUGGUGGGGUUGGUGGUGGUGGCAGUGGUGGUGGGACUCCUACAGUGGGAUCACCCAAGCCCGGCCGGCUGAAUCUCAACCUGCAGAUUGCAGAUGCUGCUGUGGCGUGCACCAGCAGCCGGCAGUAGUCAAAGGGCUUGCUGUGUGGCCCAGAUGCAAUGUGCAGGGGCUGUGGUGUGGGGGUGGAUUCACCAGCCAGCGGGAACCAUGUCGUGGAGAUACGUAGAUGGCUGAUGCUGGACCAGGUUGGAGAAGAAAUUGAAGGGCGGAUUGCUGCAUUUGAGUGUGGAUUGACUUUUAGGUUAAUAUUCUGAAGAGUAAGGGAGAUAUUGCAGUGUGUUAGAUUGUAGAGAGAAUGGUGAACAAAAGGAAAAUGUAGUGAGGGUUACAAAGUUAGGACACUACCCUCUAAGAACU